AAUAGCGCCCACGCCCAAAAGUGUCUUUACACUGUUCGACCUUUUCCGACACCGCCAAAACCGUCACCCGCCUUGUCGAUGUCGUGCGACGCCACACAUGAUCUGAUUUAAAUACGACCGGCAAGCAAUAAUAAAGAUCGACUAUAUUACCGGAGAAAUGUCGACUCAACAGGAUCCCACCCCUUCUAAUGAAGGCAAGCAUGAUGGCUUGUCGAAAUAUGUUAAGCGCAUGAAGAUGGCUUUGAGGAGGAGCUCGACUGUCCGGACCACCUCGCCAGUCAUGCAGAAAACAAGAGAGCCCGAGCCAAGUCAAGCUCCCGCUCCCCAACGUAUCCCGCAGGCUCCUACCGUCAAAGCUACACCCGAUGCGACCGUUUUCACCAACUGGGGCGCCAUCCAAGAAGAGAAGGCGCGGGCUCUAUUUGCGAAAUACGGAUUGACCCUGGAGCCUGGAGAAUGGAGGUCCCCUAGCGAUACGACCGUGCAGCGAGUUGUCAGACCCAUCCGGAUGCGAGUGCGCCGUACCUGCCAUCGCUGUCAGACCACCUUUGGCCCGAACAAAGUUUGUGUCAACUGCCAGCACGUCCGCUGCAAGAGCUGCCCUCAUCACCCCUCCACCAAGACCAACGACCACCGGGACGACACCCAAGCUGCGCUCCAGGCCAUUGUCGCGCAGAAACUGCACAAAACUGUCCCUGUGCAGCAUAAACCCAAGCAACCUCCUCUUACGCUGCCUUCGCGCACCGGCGGCCAGGAUGUCAUCCACCACCCGACCCGACAACGAGUCCGCCGUACUUGUCAUCAGUGUAGCACUGUGUUCGCUCCGGAUGCUACGGAAUGCAGUACUUGCCAGCAUAUUCGGUGCACAAUGUGCCCUCGCGACCCACCUAAACUCGGCAAAUAUCCGCAUGGCUAUCCUGGAGAUGUCGAUGCUCCCGCAGAACCUCCUGCACGGACGUGGAAGAAGGCGCGGCAGCGAGUACGCUAUACAUGCCACAAGUGUUCGACAUUGUACCGAUCGGGAGAGAGGAAUUGCUCCGGUUGCGGGCAAGAGAAGGGACCUGAAACAAUACGAGAUCCGUAAGUGAGACAUGCUAAGGUGGCCCAUGCAGUGCUAAUACAUC